AUGUUGCGAGCUCCACAACCACGACAGUCGACGUCCUCGCGCAGCAACAACAUGGCCACCACCGAGAAGUCGAGCUCGCGCGACCCAGCGCUGCCGCAGCACGAGCCUGUCCGCCACAAGCACGACGAUGGCAAUGGCAACUCGACCAUGACCCCUCACAUCAAGGCCGCCGGCGAGAGUGGCCGCAGGGGCUUCGGCACCGAGUUCUUCCCCAUCGUCUGGAAGUCGUCCUGCAAGGCCUCGUCCGCCGUCAACGUCCUCUGGCCCGUCGUCCCCGCCGCCAUCGCCGUCAAGUACGCCGCCGGCGAGCAGCACCUCGCUAUCUUCAUCCUGACCUACAUCGCCAUGGUUCCCUGCGCCAACCUGAUCGGCUUCGCCGGCCAGGAGUUUGGCCGCAAGUUGCCUCCUGUUGCCGCUGUGAUUGUUGAGACUACCCUGGGCUCCGUCGUCGAGAUCAUUCUAUUCCUGGUCCUGGCCGUCCGCGAAAGGAACGAGGAGAUCAUCAAGGCCGCCAUCUUGGGGUCUAUCUUGGCCAAUAUGCUGCUGUGUCUCGGGCUCUGCUUCUGGGCCGCUGGCAUGCGCCGCGACGAGUCCCACUUCAGCGAGGCUGUCGCCGAAGCUGGAUGUGGCCUGCUUCUCACCGCUGGUAUUGGUCUCGCGGUGCCUACCGUGUUCACCUUGGCCUUCCAAAAUACCGAGGGCCAAACCGCCGAAGCCCUUGCAAGUACCGUGCUGCAGGUCUCUCGCUCUACGGCCGUCAUGUUAAUUAUCGCCUAUUUCGUCUAUGUCUGGUUCAUGGGGCACACUCACCAUGGUAUUUAUGAGGCCGUAUUUGAGUACGAUGAGGAGCGCGACCACGAUGCCCAUAAGGACGCGCACAAGGCGAAGCUCACCACAACCGAGUGUGUGAUUGCGCUUGUGAUAUCGAUCGCACUGGUCAGCAUCAUCGCCGUAGCUCUUGUUGAGGAGAUCCCCUUCAUCGUCGAGAACCACGGGGUUUCGGAUCCGUUUAUGGGUCUCAUCCUCGUGCCGCUGGUAGAGAAGGCGGCGGAGCACAUUACAGCUAUCGACGAGGCCUGGGACAACCAGAUGAACCUCGCGCUGUCGCAUGUGCUCGGCGCUACGCUGCAGACGGCCCUCUUCAACGGACCCUUUAUCGUCAUUGUCGGCUGGGGCAUGAAGUUCGACAUGGGCCUCGACUUUGACGUCUUCAACCUGGUCAUGCUGAUACUCUCCAUCAUCACUGUGGGCAACUUCUUGCGCGACCAGAAGAGCAACUACCUCGAGGGCUUCCUGUUGGUCGUUGUGUACGUCAUCAUCGCCAUAGCUGCUUUCUACAACCCAACGCUUGCCGAGGGCGAGGCCACCUCCGAGGCCACCUCCGAGGGCACUACCGAGGGCUCGACGACCCAUGAGCGGUCCCUGUUUGGACUCUAG